UGACUGCGUAUGAGGAAAACGGAAAGUACCUGUAUUCCCGGUAUCGCAUUCCGUAGGCGCAACGUCAGCUGGAAGCUAGGAGUUCUGACGAACUGCGAUCCCGAGUGCAAAUUUGGACCUGUCCCGCGUUAUUUGCUAUUGUAGGAAAGGUGGUCUGGGCAUGAUAGCGCGUAGAUGGGGAGGGUUUUCCUAGUUGAUUUGGAAGGCAGGGCUUACAGAUGCAGAUACUGCGACGCCCCUCUGGCUCUUGCUGAGGACGUUAUCUCUCGGUCCUUCAACUGCCGUCGAGGGAGAGCAUACCUAUUUAGCAAUGUGGUAAAUAUAUCACUUGGGCCUCAGGAGGAGAGGAUGAUGAUGUCUGGCUUGCAUACUGUUGAAGAAAUAUUUUGUUGCUGCUGUGGGCAAAUUCUUGGGUGGAAAUAUGUUAUGGCACAUGACAAAAAUGAAAGAUACAAGGAAGGGAAGUUUGUGCUCGAGAGAUGGAGAAUAGCUGAUGAUGUUGCUGAGGAGUUCAAUUUGGAUGCCCGUCCUGGUUCAAGCGAUGCUGAAAACCCUUAGCAAGUUGCUGCUUUUCCUUGAAUUCAACUAUCAUUAGCAAACUCAGGCCAAAAAAAGAAAAACUAUUGUUAGCAAACAUACUACAUAUCAUGUCAAUUUCAGGAAGAGACCAUCUCAAUUGAAGCAACUGUUGUAAACUUAGCUCAAUUACAGCAGUUAUAUAUCUUUGUGAAUUUGUAUAUUUUUUGGGUAGUCAAUAGUGGUCAUGUCCCCAAUAAGCGCCCCGAGAUGCCUGUAGAUUGGAAGUGUAUCACUUUGAUUGAUCUCUAAUUUGCACGGAGAAUUGGGUUUUUACUCCAAUAAAUUCACAUUUCAACUUCUCUA